AUGGUACAACCAUUUGUACUGAAUAAUAAAAUGAUCAAACCUAUUGAUCAUAUCAACAAUGAAUUCCGGAAAUCUAAUGAUCAGUCUGCAUUUGUGAGUAUAAACAAAUCCAAAUCAGUAUUCAAUAAUAAUAGUGUACCGAAUUUAUUUCGAACAUCAUAUUUUCAUUGGGAUGAUUCCAGUGAAACUCAGUAUUAUAGUGAUAAAAUUGUACAUGAAGAGACUAAUGAAAAAUUGGACGAUUCUUUAUACAAUGAAAUUGAACAAUUGAAUGAUAGUCGUAUUUCAAUAAAUAAAACUUUUAGUGAUUUCUAUUCACCAAGUAGUACAGUAUUAUAUAAUUUAAAUAAACAACAAAUUGACAUAAAUUUGGAUUCGAAUACAAAUUUACGAUUUGUUAAAUAUUUUGUUGGAGAAACUAUUCGAAUGCGUUGUAUUGUACCGGAAGGACCAUAUGUGAUUAUAUGGAAUAAAAUUGGAGAAGAAUAUCCACUUACAAUAGGCAAGCAUAGAUUUAUACCGGAUAAACGAAUUAGUAUUAAACAAAAGUCACCAAAUAAAUGGAUAUUACGUAUAAUCAAAGCUAAAUUAACCGAUAGUGGAUUGUAUACAUGUACAACAAAAUCGAUACACAAAGAAGACAUGAGCAAUCAAAAUGCUAAUGUACAGAACAAUACAGAUCAAGCUGUAAAUCCAGUGAAUGUGAAUGUAACAUUGACUAGGAAACAAAAGAAUAAUCCGGAUUAUUAUAUAUCUGUGGUGGAACCAUGGUCCGUAGGAGAGAAACAAGCAAAUCUAACUGUUGUGUCAGAUAAUUCCAUUUUUAAAAAUAGAACACUUACAGUCACUGGACCACGUGCAGUGUAUUACGGCAGUCCAUUAGAAUUAAAAUGCUAUGCAAAAUUUUCUACCGAUAUUCAAACAUCCAAUUAUGAAAUUCUCCUAGAAUGGUAUCAUCAUGGUAUACGAAAAUUAUCCGAUCCAUUCAAAUCUGGUGUGUACAUUGAACAAAAAUGGUUAGAUUCGAAAACACUCGAAAGUCGACUAUUUAUAAAAUGGGCAAGUGAUUCUGAUACUGGACAGUGGAUAUGUUUAGAACGAUACAAACCAAGUAAAAAUAUCACUAGAAAAACAUCUUCACAUAUGAUUCAUUUAGAUCCAAUGCAUAAAAGUUUAUUAUCAAUGGAUAAAAUUCGAAAUGAUCGUUUAUCAAUCUCGCCCAUAAAAAAUAAUCGACCUUUUCCCUUGUUGACGACAUCCCACUACUCUGUACCCUCUUCAAGAAUAAUGUUUGGAAGAAUUGAAGUAGAUAUUAUCGAUGUAUCCAAGGCUUCAAUUAACUUAAAUGUACCUAAAUCAAAAGAUUCAAGACAUUUAUAUAAUUACAUUCAUCCAAAUUCUAAAUUACUUCAAACCACAGUUAAAAGCAUUGCUCAUAUAUACAAAACUAAAUGGUCAAUUGUUAACAUAUGUUUUUCCAUGAUUAUUUUAAAGUAUAUUUUAUAA